AUUUUUGACAGGUCGUUGGAAUGCCUACUAGAAUUUCAUUAGGUAGAUAAUAAAUUAAACGAUGACACAGCUUUUCCUGGAUUGAAAUUUAAUUAACCAAACCCAAACUUCCCCAGGCGUGUGAAAAGUGCUAUUUUCAACACUUGUUGCACAAUAUACUAUUUCUCAUAAGUAUUGGUUGGAAGGAAAAAAAAAAACGAAACCUGCUACGAUGUCAUUCUUCAGUUUGUCAAGAAUAUUGAGUAUUGACUUUAUUUGCUUUACCGAUGUAUUUUUCUAUCUAAUAAAUAAAAAAAAAAGUUGAUUCAUAAAUCGUUUGUACGUUAUUUGAUUAUCAAUUAUUUACAGUUUGGUCUUAUUUUUGUCUAGUACUAAUAAUAGUGUAAUUGAAGGUUUUGUCUAGUACGCCAAUGCAUUAAAAUUUCAGUAUUUUCGAUUGGCCUUGAGCGAAACGUCAAAGUUUCAAGUAUGGCGGAUUUCCGAAAAUCCCCUAGUUUUGACACGAAAUUCCCCCAAGUUUUAUGGUUUUUUAUGACCGCUUUUCAGUAAAAAUCGCUAAAAAAUGAACGCGGAUAAUUUUUCCCCUACAAGGGACCGAUUGUCCGUCUCUUUUCCAAAAGUUUUUCAAAAAUCGAAGAGAGAGACAAAACAUUAAAUAUACGAUUGAUAAUUUGGGCACCAAUUGGCGACAAUUAGAGCCCAAAUCGAAAAGAGGAGUUCUUCGUCGGGUGGUCGAUUAAUAUUUUAAACCACGUUUGUUUGUUUUGAUUCGCCGCCGAAACAAAUCAAAACAAAAAAAAAGCCGUUCGUUGAACUUGACAUGCCUACGAUUUUCUCUUUCUUUUUCCCAUGGAUGGCUUUUGUGAAAAAUCUCGAGUUUCAUAAAAAUAAAAUAUGAAAGGCCUAAUUACAGUCGCGAAGUAUUAAAUUUUGACCCCGUUUUUUGAGUUUGCGUUUCUGUGUGUAUUCGGUGCCGUUAGUUUGUUAAAAAGCCAGCCAGUUUUUUGAAGUAGUCGUUACGGAAAAGUCGGCGUAGUGUGUUGUUUACGGUGCCGGAAAUUCCAAAAUUUUGGUGUUUUUUUUUUUUGAACACCGAAUGUAUUGAUUGGGCUUCGAAAGGCUUGGCCGGCCACUAAAUUCAGUUUUUUGAAGAUCCUCCUGUUAGCAAUUACUUACCAAAAAAAUGACUAACUGUUUACAUUUUCUUUAGCUUUUGGGAAAAUUUUCAACUUUGUGACAAGUAGUAGUGAAUCAUCGAAUCAAUUAUUGAAUUUGUAUUUUGAGAACUGUUUGUUGUGACAAGUGAAUCAAAUCAAAACAAAGGGCCUACUGGGAUAAAUUCAACAAAUAAUGAUUAAAUAAAUAACAAUAAUAUUGAUUAAUUUAAAUUGGUGACUCAAUAAUAAAAAAUAAUGCUUCCCCAACAAUAUUGUUUACGAUGGAGGUACCAUCACUCCAAUUUACAAACAAUGUUCUCGCAAUUGCUGGAUCGAGAGGCUUUUUGUGAUGUUACUUUGGCCUGCGAAGGUAAAACGAUAAAGGCACACAAAAUAGUGUUGUCAGCUUGCAGUACUUAUUUCGAAACGAUUCUGUCUCAGUACGAGGAAAAGGACCCCAUACUUAUCAUGAAAGAUGUGAAGUACGUCGAUAUCAAAUGCCUUGUCGAAUUUAUGUACAGAGGAGAGAUUAAUGUUGAACAUAAUCAUCUAGCGACAUUAUUAAAAACCGCCGAAGAACUUCGAAUAAAAGGUCUGGCAGAAGUAUCGUGGCGCGAUGAAGAAUCCGGAGGAUCCGGCGAGUCCGGUACCAAUGGAGUCCAAACCGCUAUCCCACAAGUCACUACAGUCAUGGACAGUCCGAAAUAUGAAUCCAACACUAGCUCUAACGGGACAACUCAUAGAAAGAAACGAGGGAGACCUCCUAUAGACGAUUACGAUACCCAAUUCAACCCCAAAAUAACCAACGUAUCAGGCAACGUGAGUAAUAUAGACGAAUGUUACUCGAACGAUGCAAUGUCGAGCAGUGAACAUGAUUUACAAAUAUGGGAAGACGAACACGGCAAUAAUACGGAUACUGACGAACCGGCUGUCAAAAUCAAAAAGGAAACGCCCCAGGACGACGACGACGAACAAAGCAACACCUCCUUCACAACCGACAAAGGCAGUUCCAGUACAGCAACCAAAUCUGCAUCAGGAAAUACAGGAAACGUAACCACGUCCAGUACCGGAAACACGUUUUUGACGCCGGCAAUAGAAAAAGAAUGGCCAGACGUAAUCAAAAUGAACGAGUACCUGAACACUGGCAGAAGGCAACAGUUUUGGGAAGAAUCCUUUACCAAACGGGUAAUGGACGCGAUCAAAACGAAAAGUUUGGAAAUGAAAGUUGCAGCGGAAUUGUUGGGGGUUUCUUAUGGGACUUUGUAUGGCAGGUAUCGGGAUUCUUAUGGGUGUCUCAAACAUCCUUAUAGUUUUCAUCCACUAUUUAAUAGAAGGGUGCGUGAUUUCUGGACAGAACAAGGCCCCACCGAUGUUCUCCUAAAAUUAAAACGCAAAGAAAUCACUUUGUUCCGAGCGGCUGAACAACUCAACGUCACACCUCAGACCCUAUCGAACUACUUGAUAUCUAUGUCCCAAAUAGAUAAUCAAGAAAUGCUUAACAAUUCUAGUUCGUAUUCGGGCAAGGAUGGUUCGUAUGAAGAGGGCACUUCCGAUGAGGAAACCGACUCGAUUUUACCUGACAUUCCCAAUAGUAGCAAUCCGUUCAAAAAUAAGGUAAGUUCUUCAGACAGUUCGUCGAGGAAAGCUGCUCUGCCCAAUCAUCCUGACAUAACUUUGAUUAAAAAAGAAAAGAUCGAUGAGGCAGUUAACAAUAAUUCUGAUCAUUCCGAAUCAAGCAGUGAUAAGUAAGAUAUUAUUUUUUAGUUUUUGCAAGAUUGAAAAUGGAUUUUGCAUUAUAUUUACAAAAUAUGCAUCAAUGAUCUGAAGUCAAUAAAACAGUAGAGGUGCAAAAAUAAUUUUUCCUCGUUGUAUUUUGUGCUAUACAUAUAGUAGAAAAACUCUGAUUUCCUUUUUUUUUAGUAUUUUAUACAGACCAAAGUAAUUUUAGAAAAUAUUCGCUCUUUAGGUUUAAUUGUAUUAUUAAUACACUAAGUAUAUACUUUUUUCAAAGUGUUGUGGGAGUAAAAGAUAUUGAAGUAUUGUUUGAAUGCAACUAUGUAUUUUCUAUCUCUUAAACCACAACAUUGUUAGACUACUUAUUCGAUGUUUGAAGUAAAAAUUGAUGAGGACUUAAUAUUAUUGAGAAAGAAUGUGAUUUUGUCUUGGCGCUUUUUAUUUUAAAUCAAAUUUAUAUUUAUUUUAUUUAAGUAAAAUCUUUUUUUAUUUGUUGCUUUAUUUUACUUAUACAAUAAUCCAAAUUAGAUAUGGCAUAUUAUGAUUAAUGAUUUAAAAAAUCAACGUAAUUUUUCUUUUCACAUUACUUAUUUUAUCCUUGACAGACUGAAUGUUUAUUAGGUUUUUACCAAGAUUAAAAAUUAAAGUGUUCAUAGUAUUUAUUACAGGGUUGGCAAACAAUUUUCUCUACUCUUUGGUUUUUGGAUAGAUUUUUGAUGGAUAUUUCUAUAUAAAUUUACACAAGUAUAUACAGAAAAAUCCUAAAAAAAGUAAACAAAAAUUGCCAACAAAUGACAAACAAAACCGUUUCUCAAAUAUAUUCCUAAAGAGAGAAAAUUAAAAUAAAUUUCUGAAACCCAUAACUAAUGCUGUUGAAGGGCCGGAAUGUUCUAGAAAUUAUCAGAAAUCUCUGGAAUAUGCUUGAGCGCUUUUUGAAACUUCUAAUUGAAAUUCUGAAUAAUUGUUCAAGAGUGUUCUAAUAAGUUCAGGGAGGUUUUAAGCUAGUUCUAAAGUAUCUUGACGAUUUUUAAGAUAUGCUGAAAGCUUCCAGUUCUAGAUUGUUUCCAUAAUUUCAAAGAUUUGUAAAGUGUUCUAAAAGCCUUCCUAAAUGUUGUCGAAUGUUCAGAAGUGUUCUGGUCUGUUCUAGAAUGUUUCUGAAAUUCUACAUUGGUUCUAAAGUGUUCUGUAACGUUUUACAAUAUUUUUAAAGAUUCCAAUUUGAAUUGAAAGCCUUUUGAAGCAAGUUCUAAAUUGCUCUAGAGCGUCUUACAAUGCUUAAGAAUGUUCUAACUUGGCGCUAGUGCACUCAGCAGUUUUCCAAAAUGCUUUCCAAAGUUUUCAAUUAAUUGGUCUCCUAAUGCUUUUGAAGCAUUGGAAUGUUCUAGAAGUUUUCAUUCAGAAAUCUUCUGUAUGUUCUUGAAUACAAAAUAUCCACCAAAAACCAAGCCAAAAACAUCAAAAAUCCAAUUCUCUUUCCAAUAGAUUUUUGCCAAACCCUAGAUGUUUAAAAAUGUAAAAAUUUGUGGACAAUCGUCGUUUAUAUGGUCAAAAAAAUGUUUAUUCCUCUUGAAAAAAUCAAGUACCUGGAUAUUCUUAAUUUUUAGUCUAAGAUUAGCAUGAAACAGUUCGACGAUUGUUCCAGUUGUGUAAUUUUCAAAAUAAAUAUUGGAUUAUCCAGUGAUGAUUACCAAAAUUGAAAAAAAUAAUGCAUAACUAGGUAUACUGCAAUAUUUUAAAUUGAAACACGAUAAUGGAAAAAGUAGAGUAGCUUUAAGUACAUAUCAAACUAAGGGCAAGAUCGAGAUUUGUUCAGUUAUUUGAACAAAUUUCAAUUGGCAAUCCUAUUUCUAGUGCUUCAACUUAAGAAAUAUUUAUUGAGUAUUAAGUGUCCUGUAUAAUUUUUCAAAUUUUUUGGGACAUUUAAUUGCAAGUGUAUUUUCUCCACUUUUCAGUAUUUUUAAUUUUGUGUGCAUUAAGUAAUUAAUUUUAAGUCGACACCCAAACUAGAUUCCUUAAUUAGUUAACUUAAGUAUAAUAUAUUAAAAAUAAAUAUAUAUGUUUAGUCUGUAUAUCGUAACUAGUGAACAUGGAGCGGCAUGUGACAAGGUACUGUAAUCUCCAUGAUGUUUCAUUGUAAUAUGAAUAUUUUAUUAAUAUUAGCUUGAAAAGUAUAUGUGUUUGUUGUAAGAUAUAGUAACCGAUUGAAGUGAAAAAGAAACAAUAUUUUUAUUUCCCAGAAAUGAGACCGCUAUAUUUAAUUGUUGAGUGCCUAAUUGACAUGUUUAAAAAUAGAUACAAACACACACUUAUGAAUCUGAUUUUAUCGAUCUGCAAUUUUUUUUGUGAGGUGUUAACUUAUGACAUAAUGUUUGCUAUUAUUGAGAACACCUAUACACCUACUUGAGCUUUAUUUGUAAUAAUUAUUUAUUCCUUAUAUACAUACCAUUUCAAUAUUUAAAAUAAUAUUGUAUUAAGCAUAUUUUUUUUUUUUUUUAUUUAUUAAAAGAUUUUGAUAUAAUUUUUUGUGUUUUUUUUUAUUCUUGUAAUUGAUAUCACCGAAAAAUUUCGCAUACUGCUAGGUAAUGCAGAUAUCCCGACAGAUGUAUGAUUUGAAACUAAAGUUAAAUUCUAUCAGCUGUAUGCAACAUCCUCUUUCAACUUAAAAGCGCUUUUUAAAACUGGUACCUUUAUAAUA